AGCCGAUCUAAAUGAAGUACACAUCUUCUCUAAUCGAACAUAAAUUAUUGACAAAUUGACAUAAUCAACCCAAAUAUCAAAAUACUAACAGGUAACAAUGUGCGUGUAAAUUGUAAAUACACAAACAAUUAAAGUGUUAAUGUAGCGAUGUUCUAAGGUAAUUAUUAUUUACCAAUUAAAACAUUGUCUUAAAGGAAACAUUCGGAACCACCUUGUAAAUUGUAAAUUAUUUAAGACGCUUUUUCAUUAGAAAAAGUAGGUAACUAUGUCGCGCCAAGUCGACUCUUCUAUUUCUAAGCUUUUGGAUGGCCAAGGCCUUGAAGGCGAUGAGAAUGAUUUUUGUGACUUUACCAUAGCCGAUCAAAAUUCUGUUGCUGAAUCCCAAGGUAUAACACCAACAACACCUUCAAACUUUAAACCUGUGCUAGGUGGCAACGUAACAUACGUUGUCGCUUGUGUGAUAAUCAAUGAUCGAGAGGAAUUGCUUUUGAUGCAAGAAGCGAAAGAAAGUUGUGCUGGAAAAUGGUAUCUCCCUGCAGGCAGAAUGGAGAAAGGUGAGACGAUUGUACAAGCUGCUGCUAGGGAAGUGCUGGAAGAAACUGGCUUGCACUUUAGGGCCGAUACUUUAUUAGUUGUUGAAACAGCUGGUGGCACAUGGUUUAGAUUUGUAUUAACAGGCAAAAUUAUUGGAGGUGAGCUCAAAACUCCUGCAAAAGCAGACAAAGAAUCUCUACAAGCAAAGUGGAUUUUCAAUUUGCAAGAAAUAUCCCUAAGAGCAAAUGAUAUAUUGCAUCUCAUUGACAAAGCAAAGUUGUACAAGCAAAGUCAUCCUGGAGUGUCAUGGCAUAAAAAUAUUCUGCCAGCACCAGUUCCACAUCUAAAAGAUUUGAUGAGAUUGAUAGUGUUAAUAAAAAAGAGAAGUACAAAUAGAUUACAUGUAUUAUUGAGUGAGAAAACAACUUUACAUUUUCCCACAUGUGAGAUAAAUCCAGCAAAAAGUAUGCACUCAACUUUGAGAAGAUUUAUGGUAGAGAUGUUUGGUGCUGAUGUUGCUCAACACAGACCUUUAGGCCUCCUUAAUGUUGAAGCUGACCCUUCAGCAGAUGGUUGCUGCUUAUCUUUGCUAGUUGUUUUCAGGCCUCCCUUAGAGGAAGUACCUUUGAUUGGUAAAUGUGCAUGGCAUGAAUUAUCUGAAGAUGUCCAUAAAGAGUUGUUACCUAUUGUAUUUUCAAAAAAUUCAACAAUUGAGUUGCAUGUUGUGCGUUAAAGCUUUAACUAUAUUAUUUAACAUUGCCAUUGAAGUGGAGACUCAAAUAUUAACUUAGACUUAACUCUCUUGUUAAAUUUUAAAAAUUAUAACCACUUAUACCUGAAUUAUGUAAUCUCACUAAUAUUUUAUUGUAGUGUGUAACACUAUUUUUUUUUAUUACUUAUGUUAUAUAUACUAACCUGAAAAAUGACAUUCCAAUUUUAUAUACUCAAAAGGAUUUUUGGUGAAGGUGUAUUUAUAUUUUAUUUUGUAACAUAGAAUUAUUUUUGUUAUUUUUCACUAAUUUAAGAUUAUUGUGACAUUUUACAAUACUAUGGCCUAAUUAUUAUUACUUAAUUGAAUUGAAUGUUUUAAAAGUAUUAUAAUUUAAUUAAUAAUAACAUUAUUAAUGUAAUUCAAUAAAAAUUACAUUGUAUAAUAGCUAUUUCUGUUCAAAUUUGACAAAUUUUGUUUUUUAAGUUUUAAAUUAAGUUAAAACUUUUUAUGAUUAGUGAUAACACUAAGUAUUUUGCAGCU